GUCCCCUCUCGGCCACCGUCCCCUCCUCCGUGCGUCGCCGGGUGGGGCGGGGCGGCGCGGGGGGGGUGGGAAGAUGGCGGAGGCUUCCCCGCAGCCGGGCCGCUUCUUCUGCCACUGCUGUUCGGCCGAGAUCGCUCCGCGCCUGCCCGACUACAUUUGCCCACGGUGUGAAUCUGGUUUUAUUGAAGAACUUCCUGAAGAGCCAAGGAACACCGAGAAUGAAACUAGCUCCUCUGCAUCAACCAGUGAUCAGAACAGGCAUCCUUUUGAGAACGUGGAUCAGCACUUAUUCACUUUGCCUCAGGGCUACGGCCAGUUUGCCUUUGGGAUAUUUGAUGACGGCUUUGAGAUUCCAUUUGGGUCCAAUGUGCAGUCAGAAGACAACAGAGACUCUGAGAACCGGCGGGAGCGAGAGCAUCAGUCCCGGCACCGAUACGGAGCCAGGCAGCCCAGGGCUCGCCUCGCCACACGGCGUGCUGCUGGCAGGCACGAGGGGGUUCCCACACUGGAGGGAAUCAUUCAGCAGCUGGUCAAUGGUAUUAUUGCACCUACAACAAUACCAAACUUAGGACUCGGUCCUUGGGGGGUCUUGCAUUCAAAUCCAAUGGACUAUGCCUGGGGUGCUAAUGGUCUGGAUGCAAUUAUUACACAGUUACUAAAUCAGUUUGAAAACACUGGACCACCGCCAGCAGACAAAGAAAAGAUCCAGGCCCUCCCCACCGUACAGAUCACACAGGAACACGUAGAUUCUGGGUUAGAGUGCCCUGUGUGUAAAGAAGACUAUACAGUUGGGGAAAAUGUCCGACAGUUACCUUGCAAUCACCUAUUCCACAACAGCUGCAUAGUCCCGUGGCUGGAACAGCAUGACACGUGUCCUGUGUGCCGGAAGAGCCUCAGUGGACAAAACACUGCUACAAACCCCCCUGGACUCACAGGGAUGAACUUCUCAUCCUCCUCCUCCUCCUCCUCUUCCAGCUCACCAAGUAACGAGAACUCAUCGAACAACUCAUGAAUCUUAAUCCAACCCUCUGUCCCUGGGGCCCUGUCCAUUGUCCUUCUUCCCUCCCCAGCCAACAUAAGCAGCAAAAGGGGCUUCCAGAGCAGAGCAAGGGGAGGGGGUAGCAAGAGGGAAGCAGCACCCCCAGAAUUCCCUUUUGAGUUCUGAAGACGCGGAGACUCUGGAUCCUUCAGAGAUGAGAAGCCUCAAGUUCUGUCAUGGGGAAAGAGCUCUGUCUGUUAAUAAAAUUCAUCCAUUUGCCACGUGGACUUUUAACAAUUGCAGUGAAAGGCUGCAGUGCUCCACAGAUGGGGAAACCUGAGGCACUGAGCUAAUGGUUGCAAUUCUGAAUGGAAAGGUUGCUUGUAAGAUUUUGAAUUCGAGAUUCCUUUUUCUUUUUUUUUUAAUUGCUUUUCCUCCUUCUCCUCCUCCCCUUAGAUACUAUCUCUUCUGCUUUGGAGAUUGAAAUCUUAAAAAUGAGAGCAUAAUGAUACUGCCUCCCUCUCGGGAUCUUCAGCUGGGGAGGGCAAAUAGUUGUCACUGAGAAAACGAACUCUUGAAACAGACCCCGUUAUCCUUCCCCCCCCCCCUCCGCCAUCUCAAGUCCCAUUUAUUUUUCUUUACAACCUUGCCCUUCCGAUAACUCGACACCGAAAGGGUUUUUAUAAUUUUAAAUUAUUACUGCUGUUGAAAUAAAUGGACGUUUCAGCUCCA